CCAGCCGAGCUGCGUGGGGCGGCUCCGGUGUCAGCGGGCGGAGCGGCACCCCCAGAGGGGGCCAUGUCUAACGGGGUUUACGUACUGCCGAGCGCGGCCAACGGGGACGUGAAGCCAGUGGUGUCCAGCACGCCUCUGGUGGACUUCUUAAUGCAGCUGGAGGAUUACACGCCUACGAUCCCUGAUGCAGUCACUGGUUACUACCUGAACCAUGCUGGCUUUGAGGCCUCAGUCCCACGCAUAAUUCGGCUUAUCUCCCUAGCUACCCAGAAAUUCACCUCAGAUAUUGCCAGUGAUGCCCCACAGCACUGCAAAAUGAAGGGUACAGCCUCUGGUAGCUCCCGGAGCAAGAGCAAGGACCGCAAGUAUACUCUAACCGUGGAGGACUUGCAAGUAUACUCUAACCGUGGAGGACUUGACCCCUGCUCUCAGUGA